AUGGCAGUCAGGAGGACGUGGCUGCUCUGCGCGUUGUUGUUGUUGUUGUUGCUCUGCGCGUCCGCGCAAUUCCAGGGCGCUAUCUGCGGCGGUGGAGGUGGUGGUGGGAGAGGAGGCGGUGGCGGUGCUGGCGCCAGUGAAGAAGGUGGAGAAGGAGGGACCGGCGGCGGAGAAGGCACCAGUGAAGACGGAGGAGGGUACGGCUGGGGCUGGCUGGGGAUUCCUGACGGGACGGCCGCUGCCGCCGGACCGGUACCCGAUGAGAGCGACGCACGUUGCCCCGGCGCAUGGAGAGUCUACGGCGUCGGUGCCGUCCUGGUGGCCGCUGCUGCGCUCGUCUGGUGA